AACAAUGGGUUACUGAUUUGGCUGGAUGACCUUCUCGGCUACGAGAAGUCAGACGAGGGUCUGCUCAUCCUCCUACGUGGUGUGCUCAAGGUGUGUGCUACCAAGGGACUGAAGCUGAACCCUUCAAAGUAUUCAUUCUACCUCCGAGAAGCCAAGUGGUGCGGUCGCGUGGUGUCCAAGAGCGGUGUCCGCCACGACCCUGGUCGAAUCUCUUUGCUCCAGGCUUUGACGGGCCAGGAUCUCCAGCAAUUUGUAUGUGCUCUUGGCUGGAUGAGGAUGUCAACCCCCGGUCACAACAAACUCACGCAACCACUCGUGGAUUUGAUGGAGGCGGUCUACAACAUCAUGGCCUAUGAGUAUGAGAUUUGUGACAUCGCUGGAGACGACAACGUCUGGGCCGACUUACUUUCAUGA